AUGAGCACCUGUGGUGUUGAAUGGGUUGAGACCCAGUUCGGGCCAAAGCCACAAUGGACGAACGAACCUGACCAUGAGGCCAUAUUGCAGGCGGCUCGGCAGGCAUUGAACUUGAAUGAGCUGUGCUCUGUCAGGUUUCUCGCGCAAGGGUGCUUCAACAGGGUUUAUGUCAUCAGCUCACCAAGCGAAGAGUAUAUCUUCAGAGUCAGCCUGCCAAUGUAUCGGUGCUGGAAGACCGAGAGCGAGAUUGCCACGAUGGAAUGGGCGCGGCAGAGCACAUCGCUCCCUGUCCCUCGCGUCUUGUCACAAAUGAACGAUCCGUCACAAGCGGUCGGCUACGAGUGGAUAAUCAUGGAGAAGGUUUCAGGAAAACCCCUCGAGGAUGUUUGGACAGGCAUUGACUAUUCUUGCAAGAGAAGAAUCGUCAAGCAACUGGCCGCAUUCGCAGCAGCUACCUUUGAACACAAGCUAAGAGGAAUAGGAAGUCUAUACUACUGUAACAGCUCCUUGCUUCCGGCUCCCCCACCUGGCAAUUUCGAGGAAAAGACAGAUUCAACUUCAUUCAAACCAUAUGGCGACGAUCACCUAGGAUUCCCCUUUGGACUGGGACCGGGAGUCUGUCCGCUGUAUCUGUCUCCGUAUUUUGAGCGAGUACCUCAGGGACCCUUCUCGACCUCUCGAGAAUGGGUAAUCUGGCUAUUAAAAUUUGCGGGUGAGGACCUCCAAGCACGUUUGAAAGAAGGAACGGGAAGUUUUGUCCAGGGGCCCGAAGGAGUAGAAGCGAUGACUAUUCUUCAUAGGUUAGGAGCACUAUUGGAUGCCUUUUUCCCACUCCAUUCCACAUCGGAGUCUGAGCUCACCAUGCUCUUCCAUCACGAUCUUAGCGAAAGUAAUAUUCUGGUUGAUGAUAACGGCUCGCUUGCUUCGGUCAUCGACUGGGAAUACAUGUCAACUGUGCCGUUGUUUAUGGGAUGCCAAAUCCCGCAAUUUCUCAUGGAUUUGCCGUGCGAUACUGGCCCAAAGAUUGACGACUAUGAGGGGUAUAAUGACUUGCGGUAUUGGUCACACCGCAAAUACUACGAGUUAACUCAGCUGAGGCAAGAGUUUCUUCAUGAGAUGAAGAGGCUGCAGCCUCAAUGGGUUGACAUAUUCGAGUCCACUGAGCAUCAGAGAGAUUUUGUCGCAGCAAUUACCAGCUGUCGGGAGUUUUAUGGGGAGCCGACGAUGUGCGAGAUACUCUGCAGCUGGCUAACUGAUGUGGAAUCGGGUGUUCUGGACGUUAUGGGCUUGGACGAGAGAAUCUUUGAUGCGUUUGCUUCGGCGGAUACAUUAAAUGAUAGGUUUGAAGGGAUGGAAGGCAUUGAGACAACUUGA